AUGGCUCGGAAAUCAAAAAGAGGCUUGAAGAAGGAGCCUACUACAAUAGAUGCCGACAAAAUUGAGCUUUUAAAGCUGAUAGACUCAAGAGCUAACGUUAUUACCACCAAUAAAAACAGGAAAUCAAAGAAUAAGAAUAAGAUAUCUAAAAAGGAGACCGCAUCGAACAACUCCAUCAAUAAAGAGUUCUUGGAAAAGCAAUUUUCCUCCGUCUUUAAGAAGUUCGAAACACCGACUGAAGCUGAUAAUAAUGAAUCAAAAUCAAAUGAACAACGAAAUCUAAAUCAUAUCAUAAUUGAGCAUAAAAAACCACUUAAUGAAAAACCAAAGGUGGAGCUUUCCAAAAAUAAGCUACGUAAGAUCUCGAAACCUACUUUAUCACAGCUGAAAAGUUCCGUGGCGUAUCCACAACUUAUUGAAUGGUUCGACUGUGAUUCUACAUCGCCUUAUCUUUUAACAAAAAUAAAGACUUCCAAAAAUGUGGUCCCUGUACCAUCGCAUUGGCAAAUGAAAAGAGAAUAUUUAUCUGGGAGGUCAUUAUUGACAAAAAAACCUUUCGAAUUGCCCGAUAUUAUAAAACAAACUGAUAUUGAACAAAUGAGAGUAACUUUACCGUCUAAUGAAAAUAUGUCAGGGGCUGAGGGGGAUGAGAAGGAGAAAUCUUUGAAAGAAAUGAGUAGAGCCAGGGUACAACCAAAGUUAGGUCAAUUAGAUAUUGACUAUAAAAAGUUACAUGAUAUAUUCUUUAAAUUAGGAUCUACUUGGAAACCUGGUAUUCUUUUGCCAUUUGGGGAUAUGUAUUAUGAAAAUAGAAAUUUAACUGAGGAAACUGAGUGGAAGAAGCUUGUUAAAACCAAAAGACCAGGGAAGCUUUCUAAAGAACUGAGAGACAUCAUGAAAUUGCAAGACGGUCAGCUCCCACCAUGGUGUGUAAAAAUGCAAAAAAUUGGCAUGCCACCAGCAUAUCCUGGUAUGAAAGUCGCAGGCAUAAAUUGGGAUAUUUCCAAUUUAAAGGAUGGAGUAUAUGGGAAGCUUACUACAGUGGCAGGAACUAAAAGAAAAACCGCUUAUUUUGGCCAGAUUAUUUCCUUUGAUACUUUAGAAAGUGACGUUGAAGAUGAAGGGGAAGAAGAAGAAGAGGAGAAAAUCUUUGAGAAAACCCAAUUAAUAGACAAGAAAUCUACUGAGGUUAACACAGGGAGGAAUGCCGACGCAACGACCCCAUUUGGAACGAUUGAAGAAAAUACAGGUGUGCCAAGAGAAAAGAAUACCACCAAUACAUCACCGAAGCAAUUAUAUAAGGUCUUAAAAGAAAGGGAAGUCUCAGCUACAGCAACUCCUUCAUAUAUAAUAACAGGAGAUAGUGAUACCAACAUUUCGGAGAAAUCACCGAUUAUACCACAAAGGGCAAGAGAAGAAGAAAAUGAAAAGGAAAAGGAAAAGGAGGAAGAGGAAGAAGACAUUAAGAGUUUCAAAUUUUGA